AUGAGCCGGCUAUCUUUCGAUUUACUAUUCCUACGGCGACUGUGCACAUUAUUGAGACUACUCUUUCCAAUAAAUAAACAUUCAAUUACAUUAUACCUGACAGGAGCGGUUUUAUUAGGAACUUUUCUAGAUCAAAUUACCACUUAUUUUGUCGGAGUGGUACCUAGCGACUUUUACGUGGCCUUGGGAAAUCGUGAUUCAAACACCUACAAGGUGCUCAUUGUAAAAGCGGUACUCAUCAUUUUGGGCAAAGCUUUGACCCUAGCCGGCGUAAAAUAUGUUACCUCAUUGUUGUAUCUACGGUGCCGCAAGAUUUGUGACUAUGCCUUACACAGGCUAUACUUUAAACGCCACGCUUUCUACAAGGUCAACAACAAUUUGGAGAAAAUGGAUAAUCCCGAUCAACGAAUGACACAAGACGUGGAGAAAUGCACUCGAUUGCUUUGUGUCGAUUUGAUCGGACCCGUCUUGAGCGCACCAUUUGUGAUUUCAUAUUAUGCUUAUUUGACGUAUCAAAGCACUAAUUGGAUGGGUCCUGUAGCAAUUCUCGUCUAUUUUUUUGUAGCCACACUGGCAAACAAAGUGAUUUUGUCUCCAAUCGUGAAUCUCGUCAACGAGCAAGAAAAACGAGAAGGAGAUUUUCGACAAAAACAUAUGGAGAUUCGGACGAACAGUGAAGCGAUCGCUUUCUAUCAUUCGGGUUUAAUCGAAAAUGUGCUUACGAAUCAGAAGUUGAACGCUUUACUGACAGCUCAACGAAAGCUAGUGGAUUGGCGUUUUGUUCUAAGCACCGAAUUGACGGGAAUCGUUUCAAGGACAGCUUUCUACUAUUUAUACUUGAUCUACUGCUUCACAAAUCUCAUAAAUCUUUCCGAGAAAUUAGGCGAUAUGGCCGGUGUCACGCAUCGUGUGAUCGAAUUGUUGGAAGAGAUGAGGAAACUGCACGCGGAUUGUCUUGAAACAGAACGUCCUCCAUCAACCGUUCCAUCGAGUGUUGUGGUGAUGGCUUCUGAUGAUAAUUCGGAUGAAGGAAAAGAGAAAAUUCGGAGAAGAGAUCCAAAUACGAUUGCCGAACUUCAUGGAAAACAACUCAUUGAUGGAGAUGAUGAGGAAGAGGCCGCCUUUUUAUUGCAAGGCGGUGAUCGAGAAGAACCAGAUUGGCCGGAUGAUGGCGUUGCAUUGACUCUUGACUCAUCCACACUCGCUAAACCGCAUGAUCCGAAUUCGAUUCUUGUUUGUAAUCUUUCACUCCAAAUCGCGCAGGGACAGAAUCUGUUGAUCAGCGGUGAUUCGGGAGUCGGAAAGACGUCACUGUUUCGAUUAUUCGCCGGAUUGUGGCAUUGUGCUGGUGGCAAAGUUGAUCGUCAUUGGAAGACUCGAGCACACAACCUCUUCUUCGUCUCUCAAAAACCAUAUCUACCAUCGGGAGGGACAACAUUAAGGCAACAAAUCGUUUAUCCUGUCAAAGCUUUGCCUGUUGAUAAAGAUCUGACUCGUCUCACGAACAUUUUGGAGAUAGUGAAGCUGGAAUAUUUGAUCGAUCGAUGUGGUGGAUACGAUAUUCCGGUGGAUUGGGAUUGGAUGGAUACUCUAUCACCGGGUGAGGCUCAACGUCUUUCAAUUGCUCGUGUUCUCUACACAAAACCAAGAGUCGUUUUCUUGGAUGAAGCCACGUCGGCGAUUGGAUUUGAAUUGGAAAUGGCUAUUUAUAAAGCAUUUGAACAGGAAGGUAUCACUGUCGUGUCAAUCGGUUAUCGUUAUUCUCUCAAACAACAUCAUGAUAUGGAACUACGAUUGACUGGACAUGGUGAAUGGAAAUUAACAGAAAUCGACUCAGCAUCGAUCGUUUCACGAACACAAAGUAUUUUGGGAACUGAUACAGUACUCUCACUC